AGUUUGAAAAUCGCCAACUAAACGAAAGAUCGAUUAUAAUCUCUUCGGGAGUAUCGGAGGUGCAAAAGAAUCUUAUAUACUGCUCGACUUCAAGCCAUCGUUUAGCAGCUAUAUCGCUACGCUGAAACAAAAGAACGCAUUCGAAGUAUAAGUAAAGAUUGCCGCGUUCUAAUAAAGAAUAUGGAAAGCAUCUCAUCCGAAUCGCCGGAGCAUGAAAUACAUUUCGCAAUCGUGCAUAUUAAGAGGAGGCAAGAAAAAAAUACUAUCUGAAAGAAGGUACCCAAAGUGUGAAGCUUUGAUUCUCCAACGGCACCAUGACAGACAGGAUGUAUGCAUCUGUCCAAAGAAACACGAAAGAAGAGCGGAGUACAAGACAGCAAGAAAUGAUGGACAGGGAAUCACGUGAUUCGCUACGCAAAGAAUUCUCGUCAGAAAACAUCAGACUAAUGUCACUGAAGCGAACAGAAAUGGACAUGCAGCCACUGCAUUGGGCGAUUCUCACUUUCAACGGAAUAAACAAUUUGCGUGGAACCUGUGGUGGUGUUUAUGAGAUCAGGGAAGGCAACGAGAUCAUCUACAUAAGUGGCUUACCACAAAACGUUCACAUACGUGACGCUCUCAAUGCACAUUUCAGUGGCAAUGAUGGCCUGGCAUUGGGCGCAUAUCUCACUGGUGAAGCAUUUCACAACUGGAUGCAUAUAUACGUUCGAUUUUUGCCUUCGAAAACACCAUCCGAGGAUGCAAGGCUUUUGCUGCGAUAUCAUCAAUUGAAAAACAUGGGAAAGGUUCCUCGUUUUAAUUAGUAGUCGACCUUCGUUGCAACGAUGAACUUUCCUAUGUCUUUGGCCCUCUACAAUA